CCAUUAUCGUAACGUGAGAAAAUGUGUCGGUAAAUAAAGAACUAGCUUUGACUGAUAAUAUUGAAAUGACUUUAAAUGGACUGGUAAUGUUGAAAUGACGUAUUCUUCUUUAUGGUUACGGUUGUUAUAUUUUUAUAAGAUAACUGACUAAUAGAGCACGGGUUAGUGGGCAGUUCUUGCAAAGAUGUCAAUACACAGAGAUAUAGCUAAUGCUAACUAGCUAGCUGUUGCUAGCCGUAUCCUUAGAAUUUGUAUAGAUAAACUCUCUGUAGCUUCACGAAAUUUAUCCACCGAGACUUAAGUAAGUAGCCGUAUGCAUUGAACUACAGCCUGAGCUGCGUGUGGAGUCUGUGUGACACCUUUGACACUGAAAGCUCAAUUCAUAUAAAACAAUGUCAGCGCAAAAAGACUGCGAGUUUUUGGUCAAAAGAGCCCGGGAGCUGGUGUCAGAUGAUCCCUGUGCGGCCAAAGCCUGGCUCAUAACAGCCAGGACCCUGUACCCUGCAGACUUCAACAUACAGUAUGAAAUGUACAUUAUUGAACGCAAUGCAGAGAGGACAGCUUCUGCUGGGAGACUCCUGUAUGACAUGUUUAUAAACUUUCCAGAGCAGCCCACUGUUUGGCGGGAGAUCAGUGUUAUCACAGCUGCCCUGCGCAGUGACUCUCAGGAUAAACAUGCACAGUUUUUACGAGGGCUUUUUGAGACACUUCCUGGUCGUGUGCAGUGUGAGAUGCUUCUGAAAGCCACAGAGCAGUGUUUUAACACUUUGGAGAAGGCAGAGAUGUUGCUACUCCUUCUGAAGCGCUUUCCAGAGUCUGUGGUCCAACACGGGGUCAAUUUAGGAGAGACAUUGUUGGAAGCAGAGGUGUCCGAGAACGUGGAGACUCCUGUCAACUGCUUUAGAAAACUCUUUGUGUGUGAUGUCCUUCCUUUGGUCAUUAACAACAUGGACAUGCGUUUGCCGGCCAGCCUGAUGCAGAAGUACAUGCUGAAAGCAGCUGAAUUCUACAUUUGUUAUGUUACACGUGGACCCUCACCUGAUAUGCAGAUACAGGGCUCUCAAGAAGGUGGGUCUCUGAAGUCACCCAAUGUGUCCCGUAGCUCCCAGCGUUAUGUGAUUGACGGCCUGUCGGAAAAGUCUUCAGUGGUAGUGGAGCCUUGGGAGAGGCUGUUGGAUAUCCUCGCUGUGGUUGGAGCUCGCUGCGAGUGGCAGGGGGACAAGGGACAGAGGAGUUAUGUGGACAUGCUGCUGAGAGUGAAGGAGUUGUGUCGCUACCUGCCUGGCCUGGAAGGAGACACGAGAUCCCGCUGCUGCAGUCAAGUGGUCAUCUGUGCUGCGCUCGUCCUCUUCCGCAGUGCCUUUCUCUACGUCUCAGCCGUGCAGCCUGCACUGUUCCAGGGUGUGAAUGCGUUAAGUGCGGGGCCGUGGAUCCUUGUAGAGGAUUUGAGCUCUGUGUAUAAUGACGUGGAGGUGGAGAGGGGAGCAGUGAAACAUGCACAUAAGAAACGCAAACUGGCUGAUGGGAGGGAGAAGACAAUGAGCUCAGAUGAUGAGGAAGGGUUGGGAAAAGGCCGUGGUCGACACAUUUUAGUGAACAAGACUGAGAUGCCCAGCUGGUCAGAGACUUUGGAGAGCUUCCGCACAGCAAGGGAGAGCUGGGAUCUCCUUCACUCCCAUGACGGCCUGGAAGCUGAGUUCAAGAAGAUCUGUGCAUCAUGGAAGACAGACAGCUGGCUGUGGUUCAGAAUAUUCCUCACUGACAUGAUCAUAUACCAGGGACAGUACCGUAAGGCCCUCUCCAGCCUGCACCAGAUGGCUGCGGUGCUGCAGCCUCAGCCUGGGCAGCAGAGCCCCUCAGGUCAGGCCAGUCUGGAGCACCACAGGGCCCUGAUACAGCAGGCCUCCUGCCACUAUGCACUGGGAGAGUACAGGAUGGCCUGUGAGAAGCUGCUAGACGUGGUCAGUGGGCUGGUGCCCCCAAACCAUGAACCAACAAAGACCCCAGAAGAUCUGGGUAGAGUCAAGACCAAAACGAGAAAAGGUAAUGACCUGAGGUUGCUUCCCUGUACCAGCAAAGCUAUGUUACCUUUCUGUCUCCAGCUCAUGCUGGCCUGCUUCAAGCUCCGUGCCUUCACAGACAAUCGUGACGACCUGUCCCUCGGUCACGUGGUGGUGCUUCUGCAGUACGACUGGCCACACGGUGAGAUGCUGUUUUUAAAGGCGGUGGAUAAAAUCUGUCAGCAAGGCAGUUUCCAGUACGAGAAUUUCUUCAACUAUGUCACCAACAUUGACAUGCUGGAAGAGUUUGCAUACCUGCGUACUCCAGAGGGAGGGAGGAUUCAACUGGAGCUGCUGCCCAAUCAGGGAAUGCUGAUCAAGAACCCUAGUCCCGCCCUGGGGGUGGAGUUAAAUACCCUUCUGCUACAAGGGGUGCAGGCGAUGGACAGACAUCACACGGUGACUCGUGGAAUCACCAAAGGAGUGAAAGAAGAUUUCCGCUUGGCCAUGGAGAGGCAGGUGUCGCGCUGUGGAGAGAACCUGCUGAGUGUACUUCACCGUUUCUGCAUCAAUGAGAAAAUCAUCAUCAUCCAGUCUCUUCCUUGACACCCGGCCUGUGACUUUUUCACCAUUGAUAUUCCAGGCAGUUUUCAUGCAGCUCGACUGACUUUAUGACCCCAACAGCUGCUGCUGUCUCAACAGAGGACACAUCAUUUCUAGCUCUCAUGUCUUUUUCAUCCAUCAUCGAACUCUUAUGAAACUAAGAAGAUUUCUUGCCUUAAAAGUGGAUCUCUCUUUCCAGAGAGUUGGAGAGAAUACUGGAUUUGAAUUAUACAGCGCUCAUGCAGUUUUCAUAGUGUGUGUGUAGUUUUCUUGUUCACUGGUAUUAAUUACAGUAUGUGCUUAACCAUAUUUGAAGUGGUUUAAUCAUAUUGUGAUAUUUUGUGGAUGUCAGUAUUGACAAAAGAAUCGAGUGCAUUUUUGAUAUUCUUGGAUAAAGUUUAUUGUUUUUGUUACAAACUUGAUCAACUUGUUAGUUUAUAUGAAUGGUACCAUUAAAUGUCAGUUGAAUGGUUUAAAGAAA